CUGGAGUCUGGGAAGCCACCUGAUUGCUGUGUUUAAGCAACUAACCAGGCAACAGAGUUAGCCUGAGUUAGCCUGAGAAACCGCUUCCUCCACCAUUCUUCAGGCUACCAUGAUGAUGCUCAGGCUCCUGGAGUUUCUUUUUGCUUUACUUAUCCCUGUCUUCCCCAGCCUGCCCUGGUCCACAGAUAUCCUUGAGAGCAAAGGCCCUGGUACCGUCCUUCAGACUUUCCUCUUCAACUGUUCCUCCUACAUGCCUACCCUGGAGUUACUCAGUGUGAAACCACCCACCAGCUUCUUCAACAAACCCAGCCUGCAGGGGCAAAAGGGACUCUACCGGGGGAAGGUGACCUUAAGUAGCUCCGCUCGGCUGGAUGCCCUUGCAGUAAACUACUAUGAGCUGCAACUGCGGUACACAUGCGGUAACUUUGUGGUAGACGGAUCAUUCUUUGUUCAUGUGCUGCGGGACCCUGGGCGUAUCCAUUGUACUGGUGCAUUUGCCAGCCCAGCUGGGGAAUUCAUUUACGUGCCAGAGACAGUCACACCUGGGGCCCUGCUGUACACUCUGUUGCUGCCUGGCCUAGGAGGCCAGAGAGCCCAGAUGAACAUCACCAGUGCCCAAGACCCUCCAGUCUUCCCCGGGCCUUUCUCCAUCGAUGAGCAUGGGCUGCUGCGGGCACCAUCCCAGGGCCUCAGAGGCCAGGCUCAAAAGACCUUCCAGCUGCAGAUUUUAGUGUCCUUAGGAAAAAGCCAACGCUGCAAAGGGAUGCUGACAGUGAAGGUUUUGCCUGCACCCCCCAGCCAUGUCUCCUUCCUAAAGAAGGCCCAGAGUAUCACCAUCGCAGAGGAUCUGGUUCCCGGGAGCGAGGUGGUUCAGGUCCAAGCUAGGGGACUCAACUUACUGUAUGAAAUCAUCUCCCCACGGCCCAGUCCACUCUACUCGAUUGGACAAGCUGAUGGGGUAGUGCGGACCACCGCACCCCUGGAUUUGGUUCGUGUUCAGGGCGCGGUGGUCACAAAACUGCAGGUGAAGGCCUUUGAGAGGCUCCGGCCUUGGGCCAGUGCCGUGUCCGAUCUCACGGUUAUCGUGCGCGCGGUAAACCAGAGGCCCCCACGCUGCCAUCCAGCGCUACUGGUGACUCAAAUUCCAGAGACUGCCCUUGAGGGCACUGUGCUAGACACGCUCACGUGUGUUGACCCAGACUCUGCAGGCGCCCCCCUCGACUACCAGCUGCGGUUCCACAGCCCUCCCGACUCUGCCAGCCUCCGUCUUCGUGGCAGAACCCUUGAGGUGAACGCUACACUGGACUGUGACGCUCCUGGGGCUUGCUUCCAGCAUUUAGCUUCCAUCCUGGUGUCCGAUGGCGGUCAACCCCAGAUGACCGGGCAGGUCUGGGUACCUCAGGUCAUCUCCUUAACUGCCAAGUGGUCCCCAGCUGAGGUUCCAGUGCUGGUGAUGGUGACACCCGUCAAUGAGUUCUCCCCAUCCUGUAUGCCACACACGUUCCGGGUUCGGGAGGAUGCAGGGCCCUACACUCUGCUGGGCUCCAUAGUGGGCACGGAUGUGGAUCACCCUCGUAACAGCCUCGAGUACCACAUCUCUGGAGGACUCUCCACCUUUGCUGUGGAUCGCCUGAGUGGAGAACUUCACCUCCUGGGGCCUUUGGACUAUGAGCAGCAGAGGCUGUACAGGAUCGUUAUUCUGCUGAUUGAUCACAGUCAAGACUGGGACCUCAACAGUCACCGAUCAGGUUCAUGUACCAUAACCAUUGAGGUUGAGGAUGUGAACGAUCAUGCCCCAGAGUGUGAGCCUCCAUUUCAGGAACUCACCAUCUACACUGCCCUGGGUCGUAGUAUGGAAGUGACUAAGGUGUCAUGUUGGAUCCCACAAGAGCCACAGCGCUUGACCCUCUCCUACAGCAUCAUGGGAGGGAAUAGCCAGAGCCGAUUUAGACUCCAAGGGACCAUCCUGGUGUACAAUGACACUGUGUUGGGGCCCCCGUGGCCAGAGCCGCCCUCCACUCAUGAGCUAUUGAUCCAUGUUGCUGAUAUGGGCCCUUCCACCCCACACCUUAGCACCACAGCCACCAUCAUUGUGCAUCUAGUUCCUUGGAAGGCCAGCACAGUGGCCACCAGCACCCACCAAAGCACAGUGUCCUCAACAAUGACACCCCUCAUUGUGACAGACGUAGAGGCUUUCUGGAAGCCAGAGCCCUGGUUUGUGGUAGUGCUGACAGCAACUGGUGCAGUUCUCCUCCUGGCUCUGGGUUGGCUCCUCGGCAGGAUCCUUCGGAGGUUGGCCCAGUCACUACAGGCACCGAGCAAACCAGCCAGAGCUCAGUUGUUAAACAGCAUCCAGGGAAGUAGAGGCUCCAUUGAGAGGCAAAUGGAGGCACCAAGCAUGGAGAUGUCCAAGCAACAUUUUGAUGGCAGAGCCCAAGAUGUCUGCAACUUUUCUGAAGCACCAGUUGUGCCAGAUGACGACCCAGACCUAGUCCUGUCCCAGCUCUUCGGGGAGGGGAAGGGAGAUGGUGGUAAGGGGAGAGCUCCCCUCAUAUUCCAGCUCCACCAGUAAAUUGUAGCUGACUAAUCUGACUCUGGCUGCUGUAGAGGAUCUGGUAUCCCCUCGCUUACUGUUCCUUUGAGUCAAACCUCUGGGCUCUCUGCUGAGAAGGCAAAGAGGAGAUCAGUUUGGGUCCCUGUGGAAGGGGUGACUACACUGCUGAAGCUAGCCAUCCUUUCUUCCUUCCUCUCUCCUGCCCGCCUGGGCUCAGGUACGGGGAGAGAUUACCUGUUCAGCACACUCACGGGAGCCCGGCGUUGGCUGUGAGGCCAAGUAGCUGCUUUACUCUGUGGGGAAUUCCCUUUUCUCAUGAUCAUAGCCUGGAUUUCCAAAUCGAUUUAGUAAUAAAGACUACCAACAGAA